CGUGCACGCACCUGCCUUGGGACUAGACUCCAACGGAGCUGCCUCACAUUUGAACUGGAAAACCUUGCGCGCGUCGGUGUAUCUGGAUUAACGGAAUGGAUUAGAGAUCUAAGAACGCCUCAUUCCCAAGUCGGAGGAGAUGAAGAAGCAGCACCCUCCUCUUCCUCACCAGGAUGUCCAGAGAGCGAUCAGAGAGGGGGAGUAAUUGGGCCUACACCAUGAUGGAGCCCUGAUACAGAGGACAGAGCACAGUUAAAUGGAGGAGCGGGACAGAAGCCGCUCCCCGUCCCGCAGGACCAGUCGGGUGGAGCAGGUGGUGGGGCGAUGGCUACGACGCUCCAGGGAUUCCAGCAGCAGAGAGCGUAUCCUGGUAGAUGGGAAGGCGGCUGCGGGGGGAGAGUCUAGCGGUCAGGACCAGAAGAACAGCUACCCGGUUAGACUGACCGUCCAGAUCCUACGAGACCCCCUCCUCAACACUCAUGGAAUCACCCUGACACCUCAGACACCCAUACUGGUGCAGGACAUCACCCCAGCGGGGCCGGCUGAUGGAAGGCUCGUCCCUGGCGACCAGGUCGUAAAGAUCAACAAUGUUGCCGUCGACGACCUUACCCCAGAGCAAGCGGCUGACCUCAUCAGGGAGUGUCAGCACUCUGUGAUGAUAACGGUCCUCAGAAACUCAGCGGGACCCAAGUCUUCCUUCAUCACCCCAGAGAAGAGAGCUAAACUCCGGUCCAACCCGGUCAAAGUUCGCUUUGCUGAGGAGGUUGAGGUCAAUAGUCACUCUCAGGGCAACUCGCUGCUCUUCCUCCCCAACGUUCUAAAGGUGUAUCUGGAGAACGGACAGACCAAGGCCUUCAAGUUUGAACCCAACACCACUGUCAAGGACAUAGUAAUGACCCUGAAGGAGAAACUGUCUCUGUCUCGUAUUGAACACUUCUCUUUGGUUCUGGAACAGAAGUACAGCAUCACUAAACUGCUGUUACUACAUGAAGAGGAGAGGAUACAACAGGUGGUUCAUCAGAAGGAAGUCCAUGACUACAGAUGUCUGUUCAGAGUGUGUUUUAUACCCAGAGAACCUGAGCACCUGUUACAAGACGACCCCACUGCCUUCCAGUACCUCUACCUGCAGGGUAUAAAUGACGUGCUACAGGAGCGUUUUGCAGUGGAGAUGCGUUGCAACACGGCCCUGCGUCUGGCAGCCCUGCACAUACAGGAGAGACUAGCCAGCUGUGGACAGUCACCUCGGACCAAACUCAAGAUCAUCACGAAGAGUUGGGGCAUUGAGAACUUUAUCUCUUCAACCCUCCUGAGGAACAUGAGGGAAAAGGAUCUGAGAAAGGCCAUUGGCUAUCACAUGAAGAAGAGCCAAUCACAGGAGCCAAAGCAGAAGGUGCUGUCGGCCAAUCAGGCGAAGAUUAACUACCUGGAGGAGCUGUGUGACCUCAAGUCCUUUGGCGGGAAGUCCUUCAGCGCCACCAUGAUGCUCCAGGACAGAGAGUCAAUGGUGACCCUGUUGGUGGGGUCGCGGUACGGUAUCAGUCAGGUGGUGAACCACAAACUGAGCAUCAUGACCACCCUCACAGAGUUCAGCAGUAUCACACGCAUAGAGCUGCUACCAGAGUCUGACCGCGUCAGUCUGGUCAAGAUAUAUCUACAGGACAUCAAGCCGAUCACCCUGUUGUUGGAGUCAGUAGCAGCUAAGGAACUGUCCUGUCUGGUGGCAGGGUACUGUCGUGCCCUAGUGGACCCCAGCCUCAUCAUCUUCCCCUGGACACAGGACGGCAAGCAGCACCGCGUGUCUGCCGAGGAGGGUUAUGUGUCGCGGGGUGGCAGUGACUCGGACGAUUCCUCCGACAUGGAUAUGGACACUCUCAUCUCCCUUGUAUCCCAGAACAACAAGCGAACCACAUCAGACCCGGUCGGUCUACGCCGGAUUAUGGAGGAGAGGAAAGAGGAGAGGAAAGAGAGGAAGGAGAGAGAGGAGAGGAAAAAGAAUGAGAAGGGAGAAGGAGAACAUGAGAAAAAUAUGAAAUACGGAACUAUGUCUCCACUGAGAAAAAACAAAAAUAAGGAGAGAAUUGAGGAGAAGGUGGGGGGAGUUGGGGACCAGAGAGAGAAAGACACUGAAGCAGGAGGAGAGGUGAACUCUGGGAAACAACGAGGAGCAGAGAACGGAGCAAUGCAGGAAGACGACAGAGAAAGAGAGGAUGAGAGCGCAAAGAAGGAAAGAGAAGGAUGGAGCCCCCUCAUCCCCAGCCUCACCCACGAGAGGGUGCAUCCUCACCCCAAGGAGGGGCAGGAGAUGGUUGACCCCUCUGAGAACCUGAACUACGUUGAGCUCCUCUCAUGCUGGAGUACCUCCCCCUGUAGUCCUCCGGAGGGUUGUGACGAUGAGGAUGAGGAGGAGAAGAGGGUUGAGACUCCGCCUCCAGGGUUCGGAGACAGCAGUUCUGACUAUUUUUCAACCGAGAUGACGAGUGGAAUGACGCAGCAAUCUGUGAGCCUGAGUGACAUCAGAUUCAGCCUGGCUGAAGGAACGAGGCAUGAAAGAGAGGCGGGUAGACAGGGAGAGACCAGCGAAGGAGGAGGAGGGAGAGACAUGUUCUCCAGGCUCUCUAGGAAAAGAUCGAAGAAACGUCGUUCCUUCAUGCAGACCGACUUCACCUCAACAGUCUCCUUCCCUGGACCGGACCAAAACCAGGGGCGGAACAGGAACCCAGAUCACCUUCCUGAUCAGUAUCUGGACCUGGCACAGAACCGGACAGAGAGCUCAGACGAAAGCCAGCAGCUGAGUCUGGACCCAGAACCAUCUGAGCAGUGCCAGAACCCAUGUCCUACUGUCUCCUCUCUGAGCCACGCCGAGGGUGAGGCGUCCCAGCUCGAGUCCAAGCCUAUCCUCGCCAAGCCCAGCCCAGAGGGGUCCCAUCGGGGACCUGGAGAGCCACGUGUGCUUGGUAACCCAAAGGGAAAUCCACGGGCACCUGAUAACCCGAAGGGUGACCUCCAUAGGAGCUCCAGGAACAGGCGGCAGUCCAUGGAGACGGAGCCCGACAUGAUGGAGUCCAAAUCGGUCACGGCCCUGGUGACGGCAGCCUCCCUCUCCAUCACGGCUGUCCGCUGUAGAGUAGAACCAGACGGCAAGGAGAGCCCUGAUCGGAGAGGAGACGGGGAGAAGGUGGAGGGAGAGAUGGAGGAAGAGGAGGGGGGUGGAGAAGCAGGGGCAGGACCAUUCACAUGUGUGUAUGGGAGGGACACAGGGGGUGAACAAGGCGUGGCUGGUGGUGAGGAGAGCGUGACUCCCCUUUCUGAGCCUCCUCCCCCCACCUCUCCACUGCCACCCUUCCCAGCCCCCUCCAUCCCCCACACGGAGAGGGCAGAGAGGGAUAGCAAGGAUGGGAAUGAAACUCUCACCCUCUCUGGGGUGGCAAGCCCCAACAGGAGCUCCUCUCCGGAGACCACCAGCAACGAGACUGAGGUAAUGGUCACCACCGAAACCACCAAGUACGACGAUGUCACAAAGGUGGCAACAGGGGAGGAUUUGAAAGAUUCCGGGGUGGCGUUGGUAGAAUCGGAUGAUUCUGAGGUUACACUGACAGAAUCGGAGGUUGGCGAGGUUGUUGUGGAGACGGCCGAGGCGGAAAUCACGAGGUUGACGGUUUCAGAGGUCAAGGAGGUGAUCGAGAAGCCCAAACCAGUCCCUGAACUACUCUCCCCAGUGGUAACCACAGAGAGUCUGAAUUCCUCUUCUUCUAAUCCUCACCCCAUCAGAGUAGAACCCAAGCCAGAGCCUUGCCUUGAACCCCUUUCAGGCCCCAAAAUGUCUGCUCCGUUGUCUUCCUGCCCCUCUGCUUUAGUGGUGACCACACAGAGUCUGAACGGACCGGGGCUCAGCUUCCCUGGUUCUAACAUGAGAGGACAGCCAUUUGGGAGCAACAGCUUCUGUAAACCCCCAGGUGAGGAGGCAGGCCUGCUGAACACUCUGACUACAGGGUGUGGGGUCUUCACCUCCACCUGUGAGACCCAGCCCAACCAGGCCCACAUGGAAUCCUAUUCGCCGGCCAAGCCUGACUUUGGGUGUAGCUCGGUGCUGGCGUCAGGGUGCGAGACGGUCCUGGAGGGGGUGCAGAUGCCCCUGGAGGGGGUGCAGACACCCCUGGAGGCAUGCAGGUGUCCACCACCGCUGGUUUAUACCAACUGUUUCAGCGGGGGUGACAGCUUCGACGAUGAGUUGACAGUUUACGAGUUCUCCUGUCGGACAAGUUCUCCUCCUGCCUCCCAACCCUCUUCCUCUGCACUGGCCCUCCCUCUCACGACCUCUACUCCUCUCUCCUCUUUCCUCUCCUCCUCCCCUCCCUCCUCCCUCCUCUCUCCCUCCUUCCCUCGCUCCGUCCUGCCCCCCUCCUCCUCCAUGGAGCUCUCACCACUCCUCUCCCCGCUCCUCUCCCCGUCCAACUGCUUCUUGUCCCAUACAAGUCUCCAUGAUGAUAUCAGCCGACUAUGCCACCGCCGCUUCCCACCGCCCCCCGCAGGGUUCCAGACCGUCCGGAGCGACGUGGACGAGCUUCUCACCCUCCUGCAGGGGGGGAGGAUGGGGAGCAGAGGGGGGAGGCACCCCAGGGAGACCUGCGCCACCCACUUCUCAGAGAACAAGCGUCUUCUCCACGGGGAGGCCCGGAGGCUGAUGGCUGGCUGUCAGAAGGUGGUUCGGGUGGGGCAGACCCCAGACGAGAUGCUCUUCUCCCUCUCCGACAGCUUCAGGACCCUGGUGGGCAUGGCCGGCAUGUGCUUAUGGUUCUCUGGGUGCGACCGGUGUGACCGAAGGAAUGCCGAGGCACUGGCGGGGCUGGCGGACGUGGCCAGAACGUACCGGGAGUUUGUGCUGGCGGCGGAGAGGGCGAGCGGGAGGCGGAGCUGUCAUGACCUCAGCACCAAGCUCCUUGCCAAGCAGUGUACCGCCCUCACUGCUUCCGUCUUCUGCCUCACACAGCUGUUCCGCACACUCACCGCGCUCUGAACUGAACCAACGAUCUCUGACCCCUAUAACAACCUGUAGGUUGACCUUUCAAUUCUGACCUCUAGACCCACUACACAGGGUUGCCAUCCAAUCAGUCAGUCACCAGGCUGAGUGGGGAAUGAAUGUGUGAACUGCAACAGGUCCACGUAGUGACACAAACAAAGUAGAAGCACAAUUGAAAGGAGAGAGAGAUGAGACAAGACGGGAUGAAACAAGACAGUUCUAGUGUCCUGUGACAUCAUGGAGAGCCUCUGUGGCAUCAUAUAAAUAAGGAACCUCUAUGACAUCACAAAGUGCCUGUGUGACAUCACAGAGAACAUGUGACACGCUGGAAGACAUAAAAGUGAUGUCAUAACAGGUCCCAAAUGACUGUUCAGCUUUUUUAACAGUAACCUACAGUACACUGUGCUGAAACCACACGAGGGACAAACUGGACAUACGGAGCAUCAUCACCACACUGCAAGAAGCCUCACGCAAUGACAAUCUCCAGACUCAGAGCCAACCUGCUUGCGUUAAUAGAGUAUUUAAGUAACUAUUAUAUUUGAAUGUCAAUUAUUUAUUUGUUUUCAUUCAUAAUUUAUUUGUUUUGAUUCAUUAUUUAUUUGUGUUGUCACU